CUACGUCCAGUGAAAUAGGGCUCAGUUUCGUUAGCACUCGGGCGGAAAUGGCUGCUGUACUCACGAGUCGCUCAGCGCGCGUAACAGGGAGAGCAGAGUAGCCGGAACAUGAGGAGAGCACCUCUAACAACAGGAGAAGGAGAAACUCACCAGAGGCAACCAGUUGGAUUUUGAUACGUUUGCCCUGAUAUGCAUUCUUAAUAAUCAUGCAAAAUGAAUGUAACUAACAGCACUGGAGCGGACGGACCCGCGCCCUGGAACUUUACCGGUUCACUUAGUAACUUGUCCAAUAAUGAUGACCUCAGUUGUAAUAAAAGCAGCACCAAUGGGUCAUGUACAGCUGCUGAGGUCAUUGGGAGCCCAUACAAGACAGUGGAGAUGGUCUUCAUUGCCUUGGUUACAGGAUCUAUUAGCUUUGUCACAGUGGUGGGUAACAUCCUGGUAAUGCUGUCAAUCAAAGUCAACCGGCACCUGCAGACUGUCAACAAUUACUUCUUGUUCAGCUUGGCAUGUGCAGACCUCAUAAUUGGUGUGUUCUCAAUGAAUCUCUACACUGUAUAUAUCCUGAAAGGCUACUGGCCGCUCGGCCCGGUGGUGUGUGACCUUUGGUUGGCUCUAGACUACGUUGUCAGCAAUGCGUCGGUCAUGAAUCUACUAAUCAUUAGCUUUGAUCGCUAUUUUUGUGUAACCAAACCGCUAACUUACCCAACACGUCGUACAACCAAGAUGGCCGGUCUGAUGAUCGCCUCGGCCUGGAUCCUCUCCUUUAUCCUAUGGGCUCCUGCUAUUCUCUUCUGGCAGUUUAUUGUAGGGGAACGCACUGUGGAACCAGGAGCAUGCUACAUCCAGUUUCUCUCUAACCCUGUGGUCACGUUUGGCACAGCAAUUGCUGCAUUUUAUCUCCCAGUGGUCAUAAUGACAGUGCUGUACAUCCACAUCUCCUUGGCUAGCCGCAGCCGUGUGUCAAAGCCAAAGCCGGAAGCUAAGAAGGAGAAGAAAGGACUGAGGUCUGCUGGACUGCUGAAGAGCCACAUACUACGGCAGAACAACAAUAAUAAGUCUCCUUCCAAGCCCAGCCUGGAUACAUGCAGUACAGCUGAAACUAUGAAAAAUGGACAGUUAGAUGAGGCCAUGGUCACCAGUAAAGCUGAUGGUAACAUGCAACAUGAAGAGAAGGAGAGCUCAAAUGAUUCUAGCACAGCUAGCAUUGCACCCAAAGAACCAAAGGAAAGUGUCAACAAUGAGAGCACAUCACAAAAAGGCCUGACAUCUGGUCCUGCCCCUAUUUCCAAACUCAACCCAGCCUCUAAAUGGUCCAAGAUAAAGAUUGUCACCAAACAGGCAGGAGAUGAGUGCAUUACUGCUAUUGAGAUAAUUCCCCCAGAAAGUGGCACAGAGGGCCGCUCCAUCCCAAUCAACCGGCCACGCACUGUCGUUCGCAAGUUCGCCAGUAUUGCUCGCAGCCAGGUGAAAAGGAAAAGACAGAUGGCAGCUCGUGAAAAGAAAGUUACAAAGACAAUCUUUGCCAUCCUUUUAGCUUUCAUCAUUACAUGGACGCCAUAUAAUGUGAUGGUCCUCAUCAGCACCUUCUGUCAGUCCUGUGUGCCAGACACAGUGUGGGCCAUUGGCUAUUGGCUUUGCUAUGUCAACAGCACCAUAAACCCAGCCUGUUAUGCGUUGUGCAAUGCUACCUUUAAAAAGACCUUCAAGAACCUUCUCAUGUGCCAGUACAAAAACAUUGGAACUAGGUGAACUGGAUCUACACCAGUGGAUUCCAAAGGAUAAUUGGGUUCUCUCCAGUAUUCUAGCCCACCUUCUCUGAUACACAGGAAUCUGGAAUGUACGUAUAAUGUAGUAUCUCGUAUGAGGCUUUGAUUCUUAAUGCAUUGUGCAGAUUCGAUCUGGAAAAAAAGAAUAAACAAAGGAAGAUGAAAGGCUGAUUGUGCGUUCUGCAGACUGUACACUGGAUUGUAUGAACAUUUGAUCAGGGGAUCUCAUCUGCUGCUGGUAAAUAUAUUUGUAUAUAAUGUUGCUCUGCUUAUAUGCACUGCCAAGUCUGUAAACUAAUUAUACGAUUUGCAUUAGUUGAGUGACAGAACAAACAAACAAAAAUUGUAUAAUGUUCAUUGGUGCGGAAAGAUAAUCCAGAACAAGCAUAUUAAAAAUAUAAGUUUUUUUUGCAAAUUUUUUGGCAAGUAUAUGAAUAGAACAAUGAUAUAACUUUUAUUAAAAGUGUUUACAGUGUGUCCUUUUAUGCUAAAUACAAGUAAGGAGGACACCUUUUUUGUUUGACAAAGACAAUGUAAUGCUGAGGAAUAUUGAUAAAAUGCAGUGAGAAAAGCUUUUGCCAGAUUAGAACUCAACCUGUUCUGGUAAAGAACUGUUCAUAUGCACUGCCUGGUACACAUUCUAAUAUUUCAAUUGACUGCUAUUUGUUUUGACUAGAGCAAGAGAUGUUGGGGCCAAUUCAUAGGUAAAAAUGAUUGAGUCCUGGAAUAUGGCUGUGUCAUCGGGUAAGAAAAAAAAACUGUAGAUGUGAUAAUUCAGGUCGUCCGCUGACUCCAUUUUAUUGCCACCACAAUGUAGCUGAGUGAAGACCUGGCCAACAGAAACAACCCCAGAUCAGAACACCUACAGUGUGGCUAUGUAUGUUUUGUAUAAUGGGCUUCGCUGUUUUAUCCUGGAAAAAGAGAAAUCUAUUUCCCUCAUCUGCCCACAUGACCUUCCGCAUUG